AUGGAGACCGGUCGCGUGCUGGGAGCUGGGGCUGUGCUGGUGGCACUGAUGGUGCUGGGAGCCCACCCGGGUGGUGGCGAGGAGACCUCAGGGUAUUUCCAGGAGAUGUUUAAGGGCGACUGUUACUUCACCAACGGCACCGAGAAGGUGAGGCUUGUGACGAGGUUUAUCCACAACCGGCAGCAGUUCGCGCACUUCGACAGCGAUGUGGGGCUCUAUGUGGCCGACACCCCCCUGGGUGAGCCUGAUGCCGAGUACUGGAACAGCCAGCCGGAGUUACUGGAGCAGACACGGGCUCAGGUGGACACGGUCUGCCGGAACAACUACGAGGCGGACACCCCUUUCACCGUGGGGAGGAGAGGUGAGCGCCCGGCAGAACAUCUCCCCAGGGGACGGGCGCAAGCCAAGCCCCGGGCUCGCAGCAGGGGAGAGCGUAGAUGGCCCUGGCAGGGUCCCCAGGGGUGA